AUGAACACUCAAAACAAUACUAUGAACGAUGACAAAUGUCCUUCAGUACGUCGUAUUAUUGACCAAUUAAAACAAAACCAAAUUGAAGAAAUUAAUUUGUAUGACAAUCAUAAAAAAACAUUAUUAUCAAUUUGUGAAUAUCUUAUUGAUUCAGGAAUUAAUUCUGACCUUUUUGAACAAUGUUUAACACAACAAGUAUUCAUGGAAUCAGACAUUCCACAAUCUCUUCAUAAUAAAAGAUCGUUAGCAUUUGUUAUUCAAUUUCUUGAAUGUGUAGAACCUCCAUGUUGUGAAGUAGAGAAUUUACCAAAAGUUAUAGCUAAUGUAAUUCAAAUUUAUUGUUCUGAUAGUAAUGCAGAAAUAUUAAAAACUGUUCCUUCAUUAAUUGGAAUUGUUGGAAUGAUUUCUGUGUUUCAUAUGUUUGCGCGUUCUCAAAUACAACCAAGUGAUCUAAAUCGAGAAUUAAAUAUUUUACUUCCUGCAGCAUCUGAACAACCAUAUGUAGCUUCAUCUAGAAAAUAUUGUUUAGCAGCUACAGAAGCAUUAUUAAAAGCACCACCAAAAGAUGAAACAACUGACAGUUUUAAAUAUUUAUCAACUAUACCUGAAGUACAAUAUAUUCUUUCUCGAUAUCCAUUGGAUAGAACAAUAGAUCAUAUUAAACAAUUAUUAUAUCAAUAUAAAGAGAGUAGUAUACAAUCAACAUUAAGAGAUGUUUUCUAUGGAUAUCUUGAUGGUAGAGUUGUUUCUAAACCGUUUUCAUGGCCUACAACUGAUUUUAUUUCAAUUAAAGAAAUACAAACAGCUAUGAACCUUGAUUCAUCAACAUUUCAAUCAAUUGUAUUAGGAGAAGACCAAAAAGUAAAAGAAUUCUUAAACCAACAACAACCAGAUACCUUUGAAACAAUACAAAAUCAACAACUCCCUGCUAGUACACAACCAUUAGCCCAACAACAAAGGCAGCUUAUGCAAGUACAACCUAAAAUCAAACAAGAAAAAGAAGAACGUAGUAUAAAAAAAAAGUCAUUAAAUUCUAAAAACCAAGAAGCUACAAAACCAAAAAUGGAAGACGAUGAACAUAGUAAAUUAAAGAAAAAGAAAAGAAGAUUUAGUGAAGAGGAAACACAAAAUUUAAUCGAAGGAGUUCAACAAUUUGGUAUUGGACAUUGGAAAAGCAUCUUAAAUGCUUAUAAAUUUGAUGGUAGAAGUUGUGUUGAUUUAAAAGAUAAAUGGAGAAAUAUUGAAAAUUCAAGAAAUAGGAUAAAUAAACAAAAAGUCCAACCACAAGUACCUCAACCCCAUUCGAAUGCAUCUAUGUUACCUCCUUUUAAUUCUGAUAAUUUUUAA